CUUUAGGCUCCCCUAUGGAAGAGUCGUCAGAAUUGCACCCAGGGUCGCAGGGUUCCUUUUCUCUGCAGCUCGCUCCCUCGCGCGCCGCUUCCUUCCCUCCCAACUCCGUCCCGAGCUGAUCAGAUUCCUCGCAGCUGUGAUCACUCAGCCCGCCAUCUCUCUAACACCUUCAAGUUCUUUCUUCUUUCAGAUUUUCUAUUCAGCCGCUGCUGAUUCCACCUCCAUCUUAGACUUUCAUCAUCCUCCUCCUUUUAUUCCUUCCUUUCCCAUUUUCUUCGAUUCCUGUAUCGCGUACCUGAGGCAGUUGCGCGUGAACCUCCUUUCCAGGGUUUCCUGAUACACGGUUUCCUGCGCUUACCGGAGCCCUCGAUUGAAUCUUUAUUGUCACCUAUACGCCUUUUGAUACCCGCCUCAUUUUCCCGGCAUCAUGAGUAACUAUCAACAAGGCGGCCAGGGCUACGGCACCUACAAUCCCUACGGACAAGCAGGAAAUCCUUACGCUCAAGGAGGCCAAGAAAAUGAAGCAUACGGCAAUCAGGGAAACUACAGUGAACGCCCGGAGCCCCAACAACAAGGGAGCAGCUAUUAUGCUCAGGAUGAACAGCGGCAAGGCGGUUACGAAAUGAGAAACAUGAACGGCGCCGACCCAAACCGAAUCCUCAAUGAAUGCCGGGCUGUCGACCAGGCCAUUGAUGAAAUCGAGGCCGACCUGCAGCGUCUCAAGGGCCUUCAAUCUCGAUACCUGGCCGACACCAACACUUCUGCCCAGUCGCCGUUGCGCAUGGAAGUCGAUCGCAUGGGUGAUACAAUCAUGACAAAAUACCGCGGUCUCGUCAGCCGCGUCAAGGGCAUCAAGCAACAGCCGGAAUCCGGAAACCCACGCAAUGCUCCUCAAGUCGGCAAGGUUGACCGAAGAUUGAAGACAGCCAUCAACCAAUACCAACAGGUCGAGCGGGAAUUCCGGAAAGCGUCUCAAGAACAGAUGGCCAGACAAUACCGUAUCGUCCGCCCGGACGCGUCAGACGCAGAAGUGCGCGAAGCUGUGGAAGAUCCCAAUAACCAGCAAAUCUUCUCUUCUGCAUUGAUCCAGAGCGACCGACGCGGUGAAGCGCAGACUGUGGCUCGGAACGUUUCUCAACGUCAUGAAGACAUCCAGAAGAUUGAGCGACAGAUGAUCGAGCUUGCGCAGCUCUUCCAGGACCUCGAGGCAUUGGUGGUGCAGCAAGAGCCUGCAGUCACCCAGAUUGAGGAGCAAGGCGAGCAAGUCGCGGAGCACGUGGCCAAGGCCAAUGUUGAGCUCGAGGGCGCGGUUGUCAAAGCCCGCGCUGCCCGCCGCAAGAAGUGGAUAUGCUUGGGCAUUGUUGUGCUCAUUAUCAUCAUUAUCGUUGUGGUCGUGGCGGUGGCUGUUACGGUUACGAAUAACCAUUAGUAUGACGGCAAUAACAGCAAUCCACCGUCUUGAAUCACAAAACCAUCUUCAGUCGCCUGCGGGGAUCGUGACAUGCAUGGAACGGGCAACUCCGCAAUGCAGUUGAUUCUUGCAAGUCUACAUUUGACUUGAUGUCCGUCAAAGGUGGACGGCAUUUAUCAUUGGUGAAGCAGACCACAAUGCGCCCUUUAUUUUUGAUUGUUUUUGGAUCACCCGAGAGUCGACGCGACUCGCAUUCGUGAGGAGGAUCGGAGCGCGAUAGAGCGGGCCAGGGAAGGUGGCAGGGAGGGUUUUCAGAAUCUCAUAUGUUUUCGCAGAAAAAGCCGGCGCAAAAUGCUCAUUUGUCUGUUUUCGAUUCCUUCUGUCCACGGAGGGGACUUCGGGCUGGUUGGUCGGGUGACAUUGUACAGCAUCAAAACGCCCAUUAGAUACACACACUAGCCGCUAAUAAUUCCUUUCGAGUUC